CAAUUGCCAUAAACAAACAACAAUGGCGGCUCUUGCAGCGCCGGUGAAAAUGUGUGUUUAUAAUCGCUUUUAGUUGUGUGAGACCAAUGUUUUAUCUCUAUAAUGUCAAAACAAGGAAAAAGAAAAAUUACUGUCGAAUUACCGAAGUCAAAAGAUCUAGCAAAUAGGCCUAGUGUUUUUGAGCGCCUCGGUACCAAAAAAUCCAGCGCUAAAAAAACAACUGAACAUUGUAGACAGUGGGCACAAAACGGUAGUUGUGCUUACGGUAAAAGUUGUAAAUUUGCAUCUACCCAUACAUUAAUAAGUCCGUCGAAACAACGCGCAGCUAAUAAAGAUAGUGAACAGAAACGUCCAGGGAAAGAUGAUCCUAAAAGUAGAUUGCAUUCGACAGUGGUCGUGCGCUCAGGACGUAGCCCAGAUGGUGAAAUCGACAACUGGGAUCAAAAUGACUUAGAGUACGCAGACACAGACGUCCUUGAAAAAAGGCGACAACAACUGCAACGUGAGUUGGAGUUGCAACUGAAAAUGGACUCUAGCAAAGAUAUGCGCAAAGAUAAAAAGAAAACUAUGUCCAGCACAUCGUCAUCUAGAAGUUCUAGUUCGUCAAGCGUUUCUUCUUCUUCGUCAGACAAUAGCUCUUCAUCUUCGUCUUCUGGCAGAGAAGCCAGGCGAAAAACAAAGAAAGGAAAGCUGAAAAGAAAUUCUAGUUCAUCAUCAGAUGGUGAUGCUCCGUCUAAAAAGAAGUUUAUUAAAACUGACACUUUAAAAAGAGAUAAAAGUGAACCUAAGAAAACAGUUGUAAAGAAAGAUGACAGGCUUUUAAAAAAAACAGACAAUACAAAAAAGAAAACAGUCACCAAAACUACAAUCGGAAAGAAAUCUCUGUCUCCUGGUAAGAAAUCUGGUGGAACACCACCUAUUACAACAAAAAGUCUUGCCAAGAAUGCAGUUAAACAUGGAAAAUCUCCUCCACGCCGAGAUAAAAAUAGAAGUGCAUCUCCACAUAGUGUUAGGGAGAGGGAUAAAGAUAAAGACCGCAGCAAAGAUAAAGAGAGAGAGAAAGAAAGAGAAAAGGAUAGGGACAAAGAACGGGACAGAACUAGAGUUCGUAGUAGAUCUCCACGAAAAGCUAGGUCCAGAUCUCCACGACAGCAUACGUCGCAUUCUAAAGAUGUACGAAAGAAAGAGAGUUCAGAGCGUAGCAGACCAGUUUCGCCCAAGAAACCAACUCGUAGAGAUGGCAGUGCAGAAAGACAUAGAAAGAGGUCUGCUAGUAGAGAAAGGGAUAGAGGGCGAGAUCAUAAAGACAGGUCUUUAGAGAGGAGGAAAGAUAAACAUGAUGAUAAAGAUAGGCACGAUAGAAAAGACAGGGGUGGUCGUGACAGAAAUUCUGAUAAAAAACGAGAUGAUAGUAAGAGACGAGGUAGGGAUAGAGGGUUAGGUGGGAGGGGUGGUGCUGAUAAGGGAUUAGAAAAACCUAAUAAGCCCAUGGAAAGACUGCUUCCUAGGCCAGAGGAGCGUCUAGCUGCUUUAGCAGCUAUUUCAAACAGAGCACUGGAUACUGAUAAAAAUUCUACAACUUCCAAGGACCGCCAAGAUACCCAUUCAGAAAGGGGUGGUAGAAAACAGGACAGGCAUGAAAGAGAUCGUUCUACAAAAAGAGAUAGACUGGAUAGCAUGGAUAGAGAUCAAGGUGACUAUGAAAUGGGUAUGGAACGUCAGUAUGACAAUGAUCGUAAUUUAGAUCAUUAUGAUAGAGUAGAUGAUCGUUAUGAUGAUGGGCCUCGAGAAGAUGAAAGGUCUCCUGGGUAUAAUUUGCAGGGAAGAGAGAGACACUAUGAUUCUGGUUAUGAUAUGGCAGGUCCUCCCAGAGGAUAUCCUGAAGAUGAUGAUAGGUUAUAUGGUGAACAUAUGGGCGAAAGGAGGGGUGCUGAUAUUGGUUAUGAUGAGCGUCGACCACAUCGUGAUCGCUCCUGGGAAGGUCGCUCGGGAUCUAUGGAUCGCGAGCGUGGCUAUAUGCACCCUCAUAAAGAUUGGGAUAAUGACGAUUAUCGCCCAGGUGAUUGGGGCCGAGAACGACAUUGGCCCAUGCAUGACCCACAGAUGAGCGAGUGGGGUGAUAAAGAACCUGAUGUUGACGCAUGGCACCAUAGGGGUCAUCCCCCAGGACCUCAUCGUGGACGAAUGCAUGGUAAGAUAAAUGAUUAUGGGCGCGGUAUGAGAAUGGACCUGGCUCGAGGUGACGGCAACAAACGCCGUGCACCCAGACCGGAUCCAGAGCCGCCUGCUAAGGAAACGCCGCCUGCUAGUCAAACAACAUCCACAGCACCGCCACGACAGGAUGCCGAAAUUGAUGAUAAACCAAUACCUGAUGAUCUCAGUGAAAUAAGUGACGAUCCUGAUGACAUACUUAACAGGGAAGAUAUGGCUGAUCAAGUUAUGGAUGAAGAUAGUCAAACUGCUUUACCUACUGACGAAACUGUUUCCAAGCCAGAAGGAUCUGAGAAGGAGUCUACACAGGAUACAAGUGGUGCUGGUGAAGAAAAGGAAUCGCAAGACGCUAAGGAUGAUGAAGAUGUACCUAACUUGGACUUUGAGGAAAUAUCUGAUGGAGAACUGGAGGAAGAGCGUACGAGAGCUGGAUUAGGUGAUGCUCUUGGUGUUGAUUGGGCCAGUUUGGUGGCAGACGUACGGCGUCGUGAACAGACUAGCGUUUCGUCCGGCGGAGCGCGAGAUCGCUGGAGACCUGAACGAGUUCUUGCCCAUCUAGGUCUCUCUCUAAAUAUGGCUGGGAAAGAAGUUGUACAGGAUGUACUGCAGAAAAAUGCUGAAAGUCUUCAGUUAGAUAAGAAAAAGCAAGUGCAAAUAUUAGAAAACUCUGAUCAGAAAGAUGUAGUUGAACAAAAUGGUACACAUGAAGCAAAUACUGAAACUGAACCUGUGCCUGAUGUUUCAACAUUGCACCCAGUAGGUGCUAUUCAGGUGGCCAUGGAAAAGAGAAAGCGCCAGCGUGCUGUGCUGUUCGGAUCUGGUUGCGAGAUAACUCGCGGCCUUAGCGCACGAAGAGAUCUAGCUUUGCGUAGAUAUUUGUGUCACUUACCUACUGCAGAAAGAACAGGACAGUCUCGUGUGACACCACAACCGUCUUUGUUUAAUGCAGCUAGAUCGCUCUUACUGCAUGCUCCAGUCUCAGGCUGACAUAAGCUCUAAACCUGGAUAGCCAGAGUUUAGAAAAAAAGACUAGAACUUUUAAGUGCAAUAAACAGACACAACACAGUUUUUAAAGUGACCAUACAAAAAAAGAAUACAAAAACAAAAAAGAAACUUGUGGAAUGUACAGCUCUUGAAUACAGCUGGUAGUGAAAAUUGUGGAUUUUAUUUAAGUGGUUCCGUGAUAAAAGUACUUGAGACAGCCAACAAAGUGAAAUAGUCAAAUGUUUAUGAACUACCCAAAUUAGGACCUGACUUUGGAUAAUGUAGAAUAAGUGCAUAGUGGUUUGAAGGUAUUAAAAAUAUAUUUUUCCUUUACUAACUUCAAAUAUAUUUCUUUUAUCUAAAAUAUUUUAUUAUAAUUACAUAUAAUAAAUUGAGUAUACAUACAACUGAUUCA